UCAUCACCACCCAAAGCUCAUAAGAGAGAUAAAAGGGAAGAGAGUCACCUCCUGAAAUCCCCCAUUGAAAAAAACAACGAAAACCAAAAUUCCCCUUCCUUUUUAUCUCUCAAAAUCCUUUGAGAAAUAUCCCAUCCCACUCUCUGCCUUUUGAUCACAACCCCACUUCUCUGCUCUUUCAUUUGAUCCAAUUUUUGCUGUUUUUGUCUGAGAAAAAAACGUCAAUUUCUCUGCCAAUUUGUCGACGGAUGCUGAUGAUGGGUUUUCAGGAAUCUUGGGUUGCUCCGAUAUGUAAUUCUUCGUUUCCUAGUUGUUGGGUCUCGAUCUGUGUCGAUCGUAAUGUAGAAUUGACAAAGCUUGUUGAGCAUGUGAUUGUGUUCUGUUUCUGCUGGAUUCUUUGUCUCUUCGAUUACUUUUGGUGUUUGAUCAAGUUUUUGUGAAUGGUUUUGAUUUCUCCGAUGAUUUUCUGAUCUGGGUUUGUCAAAAGCUUUGAUUUUUCUGGAUAAUUAUUGGCAAAAAAGUUUGCUUGUAUCUGCAGCCCCUGUUAUUUAUAUUAAAAAUAUGGAAGUUAAUUUUGAUCGGGUUAAUCUGACCCGUGUCAGUAAAAACGAGUUUACCUGGAUUAUAUUUUAUGUUUUGAUGUCAAAAUUCUUUCCUUUAUUCGGAUGUCUUUUGCCGGUUGGAAUAUCCAUUCAUAGAAGACUGGUAUUCUUCCCUUCAAAGUCUCCAUCUUUUAGUGUUCCUCAAGUUUGUUUUACUGUUUUAAGGUUUUGGGUUUCUUUGUUAACUCCUCUUGAUUCGGAAAGUCCGAAAAUUUUCGGUUUUCGUUCUGAUCGAACUGUGAUCAAAUGAUCGGGUUGUGAAUUUUUCUGGUUUGUCGAAUUUUGCAGAUGUUUGAUGCCAUGACAUGUUUAUUGGAGAUAACUUGUUGCAUUUUAUGUUCUUGUACUUGCUGUCAUAUAACGAGGUUUUAUAGCAAUUUAGAACUUUGCAAAGCUUGGCCACUGUGAAAUUUUGGCAGUGCCAAAUGGAUGCCACUGCGAGCGGAACCCCCACUAUACAAUACCAUAACAUUCCUGACCAGCCAAUUACCACUAUUGUUGCCACUCCUGUACCAACAUUUGAAAGGCGGCAACGCCAUUGCUUCGGGACCUCCACCCCCGGAGAGUUCCCUUUAGCUGCAAACCCCUCCAUUGUCCUCCAUGUCCUUACUGCCUGCAAUUUGGAUCCUCAAGACCUUUCAAAGUUAGAGGCAACAUGUUCCUUUUUUAGGCAGCCUGCACACUUUGCUCCUGACUUUGAAUUGUCCAUAUCGGAGCUUGCUGCUCUGGACAUGUGCCAAAAAAGAGCUAUAUUUAAGCCAAUGACAGCCGAACAGCGUCAAGAAUUGAAGCAAAGAUGUGGGGGUUCAUGGAAACUUGUUCUGAGGUUUUUGUUGGCUGGAGAGGCAUGUUUCCGAAGGGAGAAAUCGCAGGCAAUAGCAGGGCCCGGUCACAGCAUUGCUGUGACUUCAAAAGGAUCUGUCUACUCAUUUGGCUCAAACAGCUCAGGACAGCUUGGACAUGGCACAACUGAAGAGGAAUGCCGGCCUCAGCCAAUCAGAUCUCUGCAAGGCAUUCGAAUUAUUCACGCAGCUGCUGGGGCUGGCAGGACAAUGCUGAUCAGUGAUGCGGGGAAAGUUUAUGCCUUUGGAAAGGACUCUUUUGGCGAAACUGAGUACGGGGUUCAAGGAUCGAAGCUGGUUACUACUCCACAGUUGGUUGAGUCUUUGAAAGACAUAUUUGUGGUACAAGCUGCAAUAGGAAAUUUCUUCACGGCUGUGUUGUCAAGAGAGGGCAGGGUGUAUACAUUUUCUUGGGGCAACGAUGCCAAACUCGGUCACCAAACUGAGCCAACUGAUGUUGAGCCUCAUCCUUUAUUGGGAGCACUUGAGAAUGUACCUGUGGUGCAAAUUGCAGCUGGAUACUGCUACCUUCUUGCUCUGGCUUGUCAACCUAAUGGCAUGUCAGUUUACUCUGUUGGCUGUGGCUUGGGAGGGAAGCUUGGACAUGGGUUAAGAACUGAUGAGAAGUUCCCCCGACUUAUUGAACAAUUUCAGGUUUUGAACCUUCAGCCGAUGGUGGUUGCUGCUGGUGCUUGGCAUGCCGCUGUGGUGGGGCAGGAUGGACGCGUCUGCACUUGGGGUUGGGGCCGUUAUGGCUGCUUGGGUCACGGGAAUGAAGAAUGUGAAUCAGUUCCUAAGGUUGUGGAAGCAUUGAGCCAGGUGAAAGCGGUGCACGUUGCUACAGGGGAUUACACAACCUUUGUGGUCUCAGAUGACGGUGAUGUGUACUCAUUUGGUUGCGGAGAAUCAGCUAGUCUUGGACAUAGUACUGCCGCCGAUGGACAGGGAAAUAGGCAUGCAAAUGUGUUGGCACCAGAGCUAGUGACAUCACUGAAGCAAGUGAACGAGCGGGUUGUACAGAUCAGCCUCACCAACUCCAUAUACUGGAACGCCCACACUUUUGCACUCACCGAGUCAGGGAAGCUAUACGCAUUUGGAGCGGGAGACAAAGGGCAACUAGGCAUUGAACUGGUUGCCAACCAGACCGAAAGGGGAAAGCCAGAGCUGGUCGAUAUUGAUCUCAGAUAGAGUUCAUCGAUAUCGCCGGCUUUCCCGGCCACACCCUAAUGCUCUAUAUCCUCUAAUUUACCAUCAUAACUCAUUGCAUUUGACGUUUGCAUUUCCAUGUCUAUUGUGUACAUAGAAACAAAGAAUUGUGAAGUUUCAAGUUUAUUAGGUUAAUAGGGGCUUAAAACAGAUUGCCAAGUGGUUGUUUAUAUCUCUGAAAAUUUGGCUUGCUCUUAGGCUUCAAGUAGUUGUUGAUAGCUGAUGAUACAUUUGUCAAGGUUCAUUUCAUGACUUAUUUCAUCUCAAAAUUAAAUUUAUGAUUUAUUUGCUGGGGUGAAAAGUGAAAGAUGUUCAUGCAUCACUUUCCCUUUUUCUUUAAGCAUUGUGAUACACAAGUACACAUGGGUCACUGUCUUUGUUAAUUGUAGGGGCCACUGUCCACUUGGGUCACUAAACUAAGUUUUUAGUCGGGAACGAGGUAAACUUACAUGUAAUUGUGACGUUACUGUGUCA